GUCAACCCACAACAAGCAAGAAAGAGGAAGAAGACAGUUGAGCUGCGAGACAACAGAGGAAAUUAUGAUUUGUAGAAAAAUCAUGACGAGUUUAUUGUAACAAAUACAACAGCCCGCUCGCGACAACUUAAUAUUUGAUGCACCUUAUCGCGGCGGUGACCCAGCUCGGCAGCAGAUAAGCAGUAUUUGAGCUGUACACCCCUGAUGUCUGCCGAGGCAUCUGGUUCGUCUGGUGGGCAUACGGUGACUGUGUCCGGGUCUUCCCCAUCAUCCUCCAGCCAUGUUAGGGACGAAAAGCCUGGCAGGAGUCUGGUGAGCAGCAAGUACGUGAAGCUCAAUGUUGGGGGAACUCUCCACUACACCACGGUCCAGACGCUCAGCAAAGAAGACAGCUUGCUCAGGAGUAUUUGUGACGGGAGCACAGAGGUCAGCAUCGACUCUGAGGGCUGGGUGGUGUUGGACCGAUGUGGGAGACACUUUUCCCUGGUGCUGAACUUCCUGCGGGACGGGACAGUUCCUUUGCCGGACAGCACGAGGGAGCUGGAGGAGGUGCUGAAGGAGGCGCAAUACUACAGACUUCAGGGUCUUGUGCAGCACUGUCUCUCCACAUUACAGAAACGCAGAGAUGUUUGCAGAGGGUGUCACAUUCCUAUGAUAACUUCAGCCAAAGAGGAACAGAGGAUGAUAGCCACCUGUAGGAAGCCAGUGGUGAAAUUGCAGAAUAACAGAGGGAACAAUAAAUACUCCUAUACCAGCAACUCUGAUGAUAACCUUCUGAAGAACAUCGAGCUGUUCGAUAAGCUGGGGCUGCGCUUUAACGGCCGCGUUCUGUUCAUUAAAGACGUGCUGGGAGACGAGAUUUGCUGCUGGUCUUUUUACGGCGAGGGACGCAAGAUUGCUGAAGUCUGCUGCACCUCCAUUGUUUAUGCCACCGAGAAGAAGCAGACCAAAGUUGAGUUUCCAGAAGCUCGUAUUUUCGAGGAAACGCUCAACAUUUUGAUUUAUGAAAAUGGGCGUGGCUCGGGUGGAAUGGCCCUGCUGGAGUCUGGGGGCGUUUCUUCAUCGGGUGCAGGCCAAUCAGAGGAAGAAGGGGCGGGUGCAGGGGGCGGAGACAGGCGGGUGAGGCGGAUCCACGUGCGGAGGCAUAUCAUGCAUGACGAAAGAGGUCACGGACAGCAGACUGUCUACAAAGACUGAAUUAGAAUGGUACUGACUCCUGUGAAUUAAUAUGCAUGUGAAAAUAAUAUGGUAAAGCUGGUUGAGGGAGGAAAUACAGCUUGUCUAAUUCUGCACUGAAAUGGGAGGGGGGUAGUUUAGAAAUAAUGCUCAAGUUGCCACAGUGUGGUACUGUCUUUAUUUGUCUGUGAGAUAAAUUUACACGACGUUUUUGUUAAAAAUUAAUUUAUUAUUGAGUUAAUUUAUUGUCCAGAAUUUUCACUUUUUCAAGAUUUAAUGUGAAAUAAGUUUUGUUUGUAUGGGGCGUGUGAAAGUUUAAACUGUGAUUUAAUGCUUACUUGAGAGGUACGUGGAGGAAGUGUUGUACAGGACUGUCAGAUCUCCUACAAAACUGACCAAAUGUGCGCAGCUUGUUGUUACUUACUUUAAUAUUUAGGAAGGGGAUCCAGUUUUAAACGUUGUUUUCAUUACACACGAAAAAGCUUAACAAGUCAAAUCAUUUCACACAACUGUGCCUCACGAUUGGUGUGAAUCUAAUAUUGUUUUUGUUCCAAAAGGUGAUAAUGCCCACAGGAGUUUCUAACAUGAUGCUAAUAAUCUGCACUGAAAUGUUGUUGUCAUUUUAUUCCUUCAUCAUUUGUUGACAAAAUGGCUCCUGGCAUCGAAUUAUUAUUACCACACACUUACAAAAUCCUUCACAAAAAUGUAUCAAUGACUAAUGUAAGCCAUAAAUGUGUGCACUCACUGUCCUAGACCAAAUAAAAAACUUAAUUCUGCCAAUUAAACUAAUAUAUGUGGAACGCCGUCCAGAUAUUGUCUCGAAACUUUAAUCAAAUGGAAAUAAUAUUCCAUUAACAUUUUAAAUAAAAGUUUUUUUGUAUAA